AGAUUAAUAACAAAAGCCCAUACUGUACUCCGUACAGACCUGUCCUCUAUGUAAUUGUCGAUGACAUAUUCGUGAUAUACUCGUGACAUACAUUUUAUUUCCAUGAUACCAUCAGUUCAUUGUCUAGGUCCCCAAGCAGUACAAACACCCCUAGCUAUUCUUUGAUACGGAUCGUCCUCGUCCUCGGCCACGUCCACAACCAGAAGAACAGAAGGGUACAAAACGCCCUCGAGGGAGUUACUUGAUGCAGAUAAGCACAAAAAGUAUGUACCUGAAAUAAGUAUAGAUGCCUAGAUGGGUAAGGGAAGGACAGCCAGGCAAUCAGACAAGAGAAGAUACCAAGUAGGUAGGCAGGUACAGUAUGUACAGAGGAAGAAUUAAAAGGACUCGGCUAUUCAUGAUUACCUACUACUCGCCUUCGUACCUGAGUACGAGAUCAACCACAGACUCUGGGUGUCCCAUUGUCGACUUGAACAACAACCAACUCCGCAUUUUCACUCUCAAUUCGGCAAAUGGCUUAACUUCCGCAUACAAGUGGCAUACAUAGCGUGAACAUCAGACAUACCCUCCGCAAACGACUUGUUUAAUCUACCGACACCGAACUUGUUCUACUUGAAACACUUGCGUACGGAUAUCUAUAGGUAGGUAGUUACAACAGCUACAUACGGAGUAGGUGUAAAAAUCAAUCACCAUGUCCACCACAGACACAAUCCCAAACACCGUCCUCGCUUCAGCCACAGAUCCCAAUGGCACACCACAACCACCACCAUCAUCAUCCACAACAACAAGACGUACAUCCCAAAGGAGACCUCUCUUGACCCGAUUCCGAUUUUGGAUCAAGAUAUGGCUAAUGAAGAGUAUGACCACUCUACUUUUCAAGGUUAUGCGACUCGCGAACCGUCGUAAACUACGUCCGUUCUUACCGGAUUAUACAAAGAGGUACGACGUUAGACCUCAUCUUGAAAAUCGAAUCUUUAUUCCUCGUAACAACACCACCACCACCACCACCUCCAAUCUCAGUCCUCAAAAAUAUCCCCUAUUGAUCACCAUCCACGGUGGUGGUUUUGCACUUUGUGACCCCACCAUCGACGACGAAAUCAAUCGUCAUUUCGCCGACCUUCACUCCUUUGUCGUCGUGAGUGUCGAUUACCAAAAAUCCCCCGCCGUCUACUUCCCCGAGACGGUACACGACGCGGGGGCCGUCGUGUCGUCGGUCAUCGAGGACCCUGGUCUGCCAGUGGACGCGUCGAGAGGAGUCACUGUCGCUGGCUUUUCAGCUGGAGGGAACCUGGCACUCGCCGUCGCCCAACUACCAGACGUCAAGGACAAGAUCCGUUCGGUCGUCCCUUUUUAUCCAGUCGUCGAUUUCACCGGACUUUACAAGGGGGAAUAUCGCGACAGACCUGCCGUCACCGCGCCCGACGGGACGUCGACUACAAAACCAACCCCGGACAUGCUCAAGAACUUGGGUCCUUUAUUCGACUGGGCCUACAUCAACCCAGGCACCGACCUGACCGACCCUCUGUUGUCUCCCGUAUUCGCCACCAGGUCCCGACUACCACAACGCAUCUUCUUCGUCACGGCAGAGUACGAUUAUCUCUGCCAUGAGGCCGAGGUCAUGGCCCGAAAGCUCGCCGGUUUCGACGACUACGCCACCAUCACCUGGACCCCCGGUGCUGGCACGGGCGGCAGGGGAAGCCACUGGGAGCAAAACGGCGUCAGGUGGCGCAUGGUCCCCGACGUGACGCACAGCUGGACGCACAUGCCCCUGAAGGAUGUCGAAGAAGAAAAGAAGAGGCGCGGGCACCUCGUCGUACUGUACAAGGAGGUGGCGGAUUGGUUGAAGCAAUGAUAAACCUUCACGUUUGCGUAGAAACGAAUCAUCAAUGCUAGGUAUCUAAUAUACCCCGUACCCAGCCAACUAUUACAUUACAAAGGCGCAUAAAAAGCGGGCUAUUUUGUACAGGCAGUAUCAUUAAUGACUUUGUCGGGACUUUGUUUUGUACUGGUCCAUCUCGAUAGAGUCUCGCCCGCCCCUGCUUCUGUACAUAUACCCCACGCACGGGUUAGUUGAACACAUCCCUCCUUCCAUUUGGGUAGCCUGGAACGCCUUGCUAUGCACAAUCACAUCUUCCUACACAUAAUUCCAACCUUUUGAUAUUUUAGGCAUAUGCGCUUCCUGGAAAGUGCCUCCUGUCCACAAUCCUAUUGCCCUUCGACAUCCGACAUUCCAGCUCCCCUGAGCAGCGUAGGAAUGUAGCUUCCAAAAAGGCCACCAAAGCAUACCUCAACA